UUCUGUCCGGGUGUUUUGAAAACAAACAUGGCUAACGAAGCACUCACUUUGACAGAAGAAAUCAUCCGUAGUCGAGUGAAUCUGCAACAUGACAAUUUGGAGGAUGUGAAGGCCCUGUCACUACCAGGAACCUACCAUGAAAAAGUUGUCAGCCUCGGAAGUUCAGUUCGAAAGUUUUCUCGUCUCAAAAGUCUUGACCUGUCCAGGAAUGCCUUAACAUGCUUACAGGGAAUGGAACAUCUGAAGUUGUUGGAGAAGUUAAAUCUCUACUACAAUGGGAUAGAAACUAUGGAGGAGCUGAAGCGCCUUAGGUUCAACACUUGUCUCAAGGAGCUGGACCUUCGACUGAACCCUGUCACCCGCACUGAACCUGACUACCGACUAUACUUAAUACACAUGCUCCCAAACCUGCAGAAACUAGAUGACCGUGGAGUUAGGGACAGAGAAAGAAAUGCAGCCCUUGUCCACUUCAGCUCAAGUCAAGCUGUGGAAAUAUCUGUCCAGCCCAGCAAUGGGGAGCCUCCACCAAAACAGCCCCACCCCCGGGCAGAGAUGGUACGAGGCAUGGGCAAGGGGAUGACUGCCCUAGAUGAUGAUGAUGUAGCUGUGCUGGACCUGAUAGCAAGAACAGGUGGUGAUCUCAGUAGACCGCGGGGUGUAACAGGUUCAGCUGCCCAGGAACCCACAGCGGAGGACUACUCUCUGGAAGUUUUGAAAAGCUUGGAUGGUGGACCAAUGGAAGACAAUAGAGAGGAGGCACCUGCCCCCAAACCGCGCCCAGGCAGUAUGGAGGAGGCCUAUAGGAUGAAAUACCCCAACAUUCCUGCUGUGACAGUGACUGGUACAGAAGAUAGACACCUAAGGAGGGAUGAAAAUCUGCAGUACCAGGAUGAAGUAGAUGCCUAUAGUAAAUUCAAAAGUCAUGGUUACUUUACAGCAAACCCAAAUCAAGGAGAACAAACAAGAGCUGGAAAUGGAAGUACUUCGCAGAUCAUGACAGAGCGAGAUCCUUACCCAGGGCCUCCACGGGUGCCUACAGAAAGACGAAGGUCGUUUGGUGAGGAGGAGUCGACACAAGGUCAUCAGAGGUCAAAUAGUCAGCCGUCUUCCAGGAAGGAGCUUCAUGAUUCUAUGGAGGAUUUAGGGAUGAGGAGGGCCGAUAGGUCAGCAGAUGACCUCAGGUCAAAUGAACAACAAGUCUCUAAUGGAAUUAUGAAGGGAGAGAACUCCAGAUCAAAAGAAUUGCUUUCUAAACUGUUAGACAUUGUCGAUAGAUAUUGGAACGGUUCAAAGUCACUACACAAAAACAUCAAAUUUAGAGGCCUUGCCUAUGAACUUAUAGACAACUUUGCAAGAAAUUAUGGGGAUGAUUUAAGUAAGGUGGAAGGUGAUGUAGCACACCUGCGAGAAGAAAACUUCAAGUUAAGAAAGAGAGAAGAACUCACCCGCAAUACCCUGGCUGACAGCACGGUGAAUGAGAGUCAACUUAAAACUUCUUUGCAUCAAGCUUACAAAGACAAUGAUGCCCUGAAAGAUGAGCUACAGAAUACAGUUAGGGAAAACCGUAAACUACAAAUGAAACUACAGGAGCAGCAGAAUGGACACCACUCAACAGCAGCAACAUCCAUGUCCUCUGUCAACUUGUCACACCUUGAGGAGAUCAAGCGACAGAACGACAUCCUGCGAAAUGAGGUGGAAAUGCUGCAGAUCCGACUCAAGCAGUACUCACAGAUGCAGGAGCUUGCCGCCAUGUUACAAGAGAGUCACAAAUCCCUAGUCCAGACAAACGACCACCUGCUGAAGGACCUGAACGAGACCAAGCGACGUCACCAUGGGGAGGUGGAGCAGCUCAACUGGAGCUACAACCAGCUCAAGAAGAGCUCUGGAUACGCACCGCCCAACAGGGGCCGAGACCAUAGCCAGGCCUCUGCUACCAUGUAUGACUCCUAACAUCACGAUUUUUGACCAUCUGUUCAACCCUCAACACGAAUGUUACUGACACAGUGACAUCUUAUCAGCAAAGAUAUUUCUAUAGUUGGGAAUGAACUUCUUCAAAUAACCUUUCAACAAAAGUUUUAAAAUAAUUUUUCCUCUUAAGUAGUCAUAAGAGUGUUGAGUCCGAGAAUAAUUGCCGAUGGGCUUCAUGGCCUGUAAUAUUAUCAUUUAGAUCAGUUUGAGUUCAGUUACCAUACAAUCUGAAGAUUGAUAUCUUAUUCAUUCAUAAAUUAUUACUGAUAUGAAUUCCUUUUAGGUAUUGUAUAAUUGGUGCAUGUACAAUAUUCAUUACCACUAACAAAACCUAUGACAAUGAUAUUGUAUAUAUAACCGGUGAUCAUCAGGCAUCCAAAUAUUUCCUGAAUCUCAGAAAAAAAUCUCAGAAGUAAAAUUGUAUAUUUAUUAUUUCAUGUGAAAUCCAGGAAUGUGAUUGAAAUGAAAUCCUCCAAAUGUGUCUUUAUUUUCAUCUGAUCAGGUGAUAUAUAUUUACCAAAUAUGUAUAUUUAUAUAUUUUUGAUCUGAUCAUGUGAUAUUAUCUGUGCCGUAUACCAUCCAGCAUUUAAUAUGUAUGUCAGUAUUUGUUAUCUUGCCUGUCUGAGCAUCUAAUGCUUGUUUUAGUGUUUGAACUAGGAAAGGACGCAUGGAUAAUGAGCCAGUUUGAGUUUGAAAAUAAGUUGGGAUUAAGACUGUAAGGAAUGAUUUCAAAGCUGUGUCUUUCUUCCAUGGUAACAGAUAUGUAAGGAUUAUGUAUACACAGACUAUACAGAGCAUGGCUAACACUGUUAAUUUAUUUCAGUUUCCGUCCAAAAUAGAUCAGGAAAGAAGACGGCAAAAGGGUAAAUUUGAAUCUUGUUGAAGGUUCUGAAGUUUGGCUUUAUUGGUUUUUCUGGGAAGUUUACUUUGAUAACUAACUUGUGUACUUAAAAGGAGAGAACUGAUUAAGUAAUGCCCUGUGUUCAAUCUUACAAAAUCUAGAGUUAGACUUGGUAAAAUGUUUUUGAUUACACAAUCAAAUUAUCCAUAAAGCAUAAUUUCCUCAGAGAAAUGUAGCUAUCAUUCUGGGUAACUAGGUUGACUAUACCUUCACCUUUGAUGAUAUAGAUAUGUAAUUGGUUGCCAUAUGUAGUUUGUUACAGGAGAGAUAUCUUAUCCGUCCAUAUUGUAUUUAUCAUUAAAUAAGACAUUGUGGUAUUUGAUUGGGUCCAAAUAUGAUCAAAUUCUUCGAAUCUGAAAAGAAUCAGGUAGUUUUUGUACAACAUCAUUAUUCACAGAUAUCAUAUAGGCUGCAUUUGUAUCAAUUGACAUCAAUCAAUCUGUUAUUUUUGCAUAUGCAAAUUCAAAAUUAAUUUUCUUAAUCAUUGUUUCAAAUUUAUAUAGGAGCAGCUCAUGAAUCAAGUUUGAAAACAGAAGUAUACAAAAACUAUCUGAUUUACAUUUAUUGUGAUGAUAUUGUAAUAUCUGUUAUAAACUCUGCUAUUUAUCUCCUCGUAGCUGUAACAUGUUAUUGAAAAUAUAGUUUUUUUCUUGUGCAACUUUUUUUUUCUUCUUUUUUUUUUUAAUAAUAAUUAUCAUUUUGACCUUUUAGAUGUUGUUUGGUGUAAUAUUAAAUGCACUGGAAUGUGGAAUUCACACAUCUACCCUAAUACUGCAAAAUGAAGAAAUGAGUUCUUUACUGACAAAAUGCUGUACAGUAUUUCUGGGUACAUGUCGAGGUAGUGGGAAUGGUGAUAGGAUUGUUGUCUCUAUACACACAUCUCUGAUGUUUGAUAAGGUACAGGUUUAUAUAUGUUACUAUGUGUACAAACACAGAGACAGUUUCUGUCCAGUAUUAAUCAGUUAAAGAAUUUUCAGUAGAUUCUAUUUUGAUAUAAAUUGUCAAUAAAUGAAUUUCGUGUUCUUUUUAUUUUUUUCUGAUUAAACAUGAGUCAACCUCCAGCAGUAUCAUGUUAAGUAUGUUAUCUAUGUAUUAAUCAUAAAAAUAACACUUAAAGGAGAGAUUUGAAUACUUUUUAAAGAAAGAAGUGUUUUUUUUUAUUCUAUUGGACUCCUUAUAUAAACUUGCUUAAAAAACUUAUGUCUAAUAUGGUAUGUCUAUUAUGGUAUUUGAGUUGUUUGUCAAGUUUGAAAUCUGCAUGAUUAUCUUGUUUUAAAUCCAGUGAUGUUGACUUGAAUUAACAUAGUGUUUGUUUCCAAGUGGCAUGAAUUGCACUUGAAUGUUAUUUAAAAUUCAUUUAUUGUUUGUUUUCAAAAAACGGCAGAAUUAAUUAAUUUUCUUCAUUGAAUUUGGUGAAACUUUGCCACUUCAGAUUUUCUUAAAUUUUGACAUCUUCAGGAUUUUACAUUUUUGGCUGCUAAGGGGAUGGUUAAGAAUUUUUACAGUGUUCAUCAUGCACUCAUUAAUUGUGAUUGGAUUUUAAUAUUUGUUUCCACACAUCAAUGCUCUACAGUCAGAUCAGAUUUGCUUUUUUCUUCAACUUUUGACAUGUUUUAAUCUUUGACUAAAUUUAGCAAUUUUUCAAACUAUUAAAACAAAAGUAGUCCUGUUUGAUAGCGAAUUGUUGGUUAACAUGAUGCUUACAUAGAUGAUUUUAUUUCGCUUAAUAAGGAAUUAGUAUUAUAAUACAAUUUUCUCUGUAACUCUUUAUUACUAAAUGUGAGUAAUAACAGUGGAAUGGAAAACAUCAAAUGAGGCAAAGUCAAGUAUGAUUGUCUAACAUUGUGUAUGUAAAGAGUUUGUAUCCAUACAUGUGUACUAUCUGUGAUAUAUAUAAGUUGUUUACCAUUACACUGACUGGGGGACACAUAUGUUACCUAUUUCAGGAUGUAAAAAAUUAUGAGGGAACCUCAUCAGAAAUGCGUUUAUGUAGAAUCCUUAUCAAUUAGGCCUUUCUCCGAUACGUGUGUAUAUGUAGAAUCCUUAUUAUUACAGUCUUUCUCCAUCCAAACUUAAUCACCAGUAUUAGCCCCCUUUGUUUACCUUUUAAAUGUUCUCUUUCAUGGAAGUAGGUCUUUCGAAAUGACGCACAUGCUAAGAUUCUAAAAUACAACUGUUUUUUUGUCACUGCUGAAUAGAGCAAAAAUAUAUGUAGCGGGUGUAUUCAGGCAAUGCAGAUGCCAGUUACAAGAUGAAAAUGUAUAUGUUUGAUAUUGUAUAUCUAAAGUAAUACUAUAUACAUUGUACAUCUAUAUGUAUAAUAUAUAUAUCUAAGUAUAUACAUCUAUAAAUGAAAAUAUAUACCCAGUAAGUCCAUGUUUAUAUCUGUUCAAUACUGGACAAUACUAAAAAAAACUCGGAUGAGUUGAAAAGGUUAGCACAGAUUUGUGAUAUUUCAUUGUUAUGAUGUAUUAGAUUACUUUCGAGAGAGAGAGAAUGUUGUCUUCGUGUAUGUUGACUCCAUCUUGUAUCAGUUAACUAUGUUUGUUUUCUCGGCUCCAGUAGAAGACUGUGACAGGGCCCAGGGAGAGUUUUAGGUGUUUUGUCACUGUUAACCCUGUCAGAUGUAUCCAUGUGUGUGUUUUGGUGCUGUGUGAUGCACAAGGACUUGUCACAAAUAUCCAACCUUGUUCUGAAUGUGUGUAUUUUAAGUGUACAUACAGGCUUUGGGGUUGGUCAUCUGCGCCAAGUUUCUGUGGUGUGAUGCACAUGUCAUGUAAUGGUAAACAACAAUGCAAUGCAAUAAAGUAUAUUGUAUAUUU